GAGCAGAAUCCCCUCCCUCCCUCCCUCCGUGCCCAGCCCCUUCCGGCAUCUCUGGUCUCCUCCACGUGCUGCCUCGGUUUCCCUCCUGGGGAGAAUCCGGACCCUGCAGCUUGUUUUGGCUCCUUGACUCCUCAGGAAGGAUGAAAGAGCCUGAUCCUGCAAAGCUAGCGAGGAUGGAAGGGGGAAGAUGGACGGUGGACCUGGUCAGGUUGUCUCCUGCAUCCCUCCCUACAACCUCUGAGCGUUCCCUCUCAGAGACCUCCAAGAGAGCUGAUGGUGAUGAAAUGGAAGGGAAGAACAAGGGGGACCACAACAGAAUCCACAUAGUGGAGAAGUCAAAUAAAUAUUCAGAGUGGGGAAAGAACAUCCGUCAGAGCUCCCAGUCCACCUCCCAUCAAAGAAAGAGCUUCAUUCAGAGGGAUAGCCUCACAUCACACAAAAGAACAAAGAGUAGGAAGAAAUUGUAUCAGUGCAGAAAAUGUGGCAAGAGCUUCAGUCGGAAGGGCAAUCUCACUUCCCAUCACAGAAUUCAUACAGGGGAGAAACCCUAUCAGUGCUUGGAAUGUGGGAAGAGCUUCAGUCAAAGCACCCAUCUCACUUCCCAUCACAGAAUUCAUACAGGGGAGAAACCUUAUCAGUGCUUGGAAUGUGGAAAGAGCUUCAGUCACAGUCAGAAUCUCACUUCCCAUCAAAGAGUUCAUACAGGGGUGAAACCUUAUCAGUGCUUGGAAUGUGGGAAGAGCUUCAGUCACAGUCAGAAUCUCACAUCCCAUCACAGAAUUCAUACAGGGAUGAAACCCUAUCAGUGCUUGGAAUGUGGAAAGAGCUUCAGUCAGAGAAUCCAUCUCACUUCCCAUCACAGAAUUCAUACAGGGGAGAAACCCUAUCAGUGCUUGGAAUGUGGAAAGAGCUUUAGUCAAGGAAUCCAUCUCACUUCCCAUCAAAGAAUUCAUACAGGGGAGACACCCUAUCAGUGCUUGGAAUGCGGAAAGAGCUUCAGUCAGAGCUCCAAACUCACUUCCCAUCAAAGAGUUCAUACAGGGGUGAAACCCUAUCAGUGCUUGGAAUGUGGGAAGAGCUUCAGUCACAGUCAUAAUCUCACAUCCCAUCACAGAAUUCAUACAGGGAUGAAACCCUAUCAGUGCUUGGAAUGUGGAAAGAGCUUCAGUCACAGUCAGAAUCUCACAUCCCAUCACAGAAUUCAUAUAGGGGAGAAACCCUAUCAGUGCUUGGAAUGUGGAAAGAGCUUCAGUCACAGUAAGACUCUCACUUUCCAUCACAGAAUUCAUACAGGGGAGAAACCCUAUCAGUGCUUGGAAUGUGGGAAGAGCUUCAGUCAGAGAAUCAAUCUCACUUCCCAUCAAAAAAUUCAUACGGGGGAGAAACCCUAUCAGUGCUUGGAAUGUGGGAAGAGCUUCAGUCACAGUCAGAAUCUCACUUCCCAUCGCAGAAUUCAUACAGGGGAGAAACCCUAUCAGUGCUUGGAAUGUGGGAAGAGCUUCAGUCACAGUCAGAAUCUCACAUCCCAUCGCAGAAUUCAUACAGGGGAGAAACCCUAUCAGUGCUUUGAAUGUGGGAAGAGCUUCAGUCAAGGAAUCCAUCUCACUUCCCAUCGCAGAAUUCAUACAGGGGAGAAACCCUAUCAAUGCUUGGAAUGUGGGAAGAGCUUCAGUCACAGUCAGAAUCUCACAUCCCAUCAAAGAAUUCAUACAGGGGAGAAACCCCAUCAGUGCUUGGAAUGUGGGAAGAGCUUCAGUCAAGGAAUCCAUCUCACUUCCCAUCAAAUAAUUCAUACGGGGGAGAAACCCUAUCAGUGCUUGGAAAGUGGAAAGAGCUUCAGUAAAGGAAUCAAUCUAACUUCCCAUCAAAGAAUUCAUACGGGUUAGAAACCCUAUCAGUGCUUGGAAUGUGGAAAGAGCUUCAGUCACAGUAAGACUCUCACUUUCCAUCACAGAAUUCAUACAGGGAAGAAACCCUAUCAGUGCAUGGAAUGUGGGGAGAGCUUCAGUCAAAGCCCCCAUCUCACAAUUGAUCAAAGAAUUCAUACAGAGGGAAAACCCAAAAAGAAAAAUAAUAAAACAAAAAUUAUUAAACAACCCUUAUAAAACACAAUGCUAUAGAAAAGAAAAAGGGGGGAAGAAUAAAAAUACCCUUUAUCACAUUUGUAUCAUAUAUAUCAUAUCAUUCAUCAACCCACAGGCUCCCCCAGCUCCCCCCCCCCGGGUGCCACCUGUGAAGGGACAAUGGGUCUCUAAUACCCAGACAGUAGUUCCCACUGUUCUUUCAGCAAAAGCGGGAUGAAAACCUCCAGUUUCACAAAAGAUAGGGCUUGGCUUUAGGUUACCUCAGGGCACUUUAUCUAAAGUCCCUCACCACCUUACCACCAGUGGGAUUUCCCUCUCAUGGAUCCCUACUGCUCUGGUUAGCCUUUCCCUCGGGCAACUUAUUGGCUUCACUGACCAGCCCUUAGUAUGUCAGAAGUACUUUGAACUAGCUUCCUUUCCUGACCCCAGGGAAGCUUGGUUCUCUUCUUAGUCACACAACUGGAGAAACUGACACACUGCUGGAGUCAAUUAGCGUUUUGGCACACUUUUAACUUUAUUUAUUAACUUGAGAACAUGGAUUUCACUGGUAACUUAUUGCGCAUUCCUCUCAUUAUACAACACAGACUUAAUAUAGCAUUUCAUCCCUCCAAACCUAACCUCCUCCCUCCCCACACUCCCUAUCCACCUUCCUCAACAGACUCCCCUUAACGGUUAUCCCUCUUUUGUUUUUAAACACAGUCUAGUUCCACCUCCUGGAGAACUGCCUAUCAUUGGAGGGAUAGUUUAACCCACAAUGCACCGGAGUUCUCAGGAAGCUCUAAUCUGCCACACACCCCUCUUCUCCCUGUUUCCCACCCUGAGACAUCCUUCCCUGCUUUCCUUGUAGGUCCCUCCCACCUCCAACUGACCUCUUCCUGUGAGUGUCCUCCUUAUUUCAAAAUAAAGGAAUCUUGAUAUAAACUAUACAGAAAGUAGAUGAAUAGGUGUAAACACCGGACAUCUGCAUAAGCUCCUUAAUUGAUUGACAAGACAAACGCUCUGUUACUUCUUGAUAGGUUAAUUUGAAAGUAAAGCCAACGUAGAUUGGCCUGUUGCCUGAAAUCCCACGUGGGGUUGUGUGUACGCCCUUAGGUUUUUUUUUGGAGAUUUAAGUCUGAAAAAAGAAUGUGUUUUUGGUCUGCAAGGUGUCUGCCAGGCUUGGGUCUGUUCUGCAUUGUCUUGCUGUUCCUGAAAGCCUUGAAAAUGCCUUGAGCUUGCCAGACUUUGGCUGCAACCUGCCAAAGGGAAAAGAUGCAGCUAAGUUUUCUUUAACACCGUUCUAAGUUUGUAUUCGUAAGUUAGUUAUGUUUUAUUGUUUUAUUCUGUAAUCCGUUUUUGAGAACUGUUAUAAUUUUGCUUGUUUAACUAUUCUUUUUACAAUAAAUAGUUAAAAGAGAUUUCUGUGGGUUUUGGUCCUUCCUGGCUAACAUUGCUAAACCAGUCCUUGCUGUUCAGCCUCCUACCAGAGUAAAGUUUGUCUAAACGACUUGGUUAAAGCGUUUAGUGGUGGCAGUCUACCAUGAGCUUAUAGCAUUUUGAUUCUAAGUAAGGUAUCAGGGCAUAGCUGAAUCCUUCCAGGGGGGAAGCCCAGUGGUCUUCGGGAAGAAGAGCUGGAGCGCCAGGUGGGAAGAGACGACAGGUGUCCCGACCUUACACGACAAUAGGAAACUCCAAUCUUCAUCUGAAAAUAAUCUGUAGCAACAAUUAUUCAGAAUAUGCACUCCAGAAUAAACCCAGCUGUCUUCAAAUCUUAACCCCUCAGACAGUGCAAUAUGACUCACUGGGGAACUUUUUUUUUCAUUUUCUGUUGCAUGAGAUUUUUCAACUGUUCUUAUGUGUUCUUUCAAUCCUGAUUUCAUAUCUGAAGUCGGUUUUGUUCUGUAAGCUCUACGUUUUUUUUGCAAUUCAUGUUUUUUCACUUUUCACCAUAAUCUUCGUUUAUCGCAAUGCAAGAAUUCAAUAUUUUAUUAAACACAAAGCCAAAGUAGUACAAUAUGAUUAUAGAUUCUAUUGAAAGAAGGAGACCAAUUUAAGUUAAAAUCGUAUGAACAGUUGAAAGCCAACGUAGAUGAUUGGUUUCAGUACUACCAGAUCAAUGAAGUGUAUAAAAUGGACAAGAAAAUAGGUUUUCAAUUGGAGAAAUCCAAAUUGGAAACAGAAUUGUUAGAGCCAAAACCAAAAAUUCUUUCCAGGAUGUAUAAUUUAUUGCUUGAGUGGCAUACGAAAAAUGAACAGGUGAAAUCUGUAAUGAUUGAUUAGGCUAAGGACGUGGGGCACAGCAUUAUGUUGGAGGAUUGGGAAAAGUGGUGGAAAAAAGGUAUUAAAUUUACAGCAUAUAAUUCAUUGAGAGAAAAUAUGAUGAAAUGAUGUUAUUUAAUUCUGGUUAAGAUAGCAAAAAUCUAUCAUACACAUGAUAACAAAUGCUGGAAAUGUAAAUAUAUGGAAGGAACCUUCUACCAUAUGUGGUGGACGUGCCCCAAAGUAAAGACUUCUGGGAAAAGAUUUAUAAUGAAUUGAAAAAGGUGUUGAAAUUUCCAAAUCCAGGCCUCUGGAAAUGGGAAAGAUGUGGUGUGGGGUGAGAAUUCUAGUUAAGAGGUACUCAGGUUGGUUGAAUAACGGUUUCUGAAAUCUUGGCUUGUUAAAGGAAAUGUUGGUCCAAUUGGGGGAAAGACACCAGGGGAGGGGAAGGAGAGUGUUUAAAAGUAUAAUGUUAAGAUUUUGAUUAGAGAAAUGAUUGUAUAUAAUAAUUGAAUUUUCUGGAGGGAGAAAGAAGAAUGGCUGGGGAAAGAAAUUUUAGAUUCGUAUCAAAUAUUUUUGUGUUCAGAUAGGUGUCUGGGCAGAGAGCUACCUUUCUUCCUCUCUUUGCUCAGAAGCACCUGGUGGCAGG